GACGCUAAAGAGGCGGAGUGCGAGGAGCCCUCGAGCGAGCAGGAGACGGAGGUCUCCUCGCCGAUGCCACUGCAGCGAUUGAGCAGAGUGUACUACCGACCGAGGUUCGACGACAAGAAGGGCCUCAUCAUGUUGCUGGUGACGAGGUUCACGACGACGUCAGGCGAGUGCCGCUGGGUGGCGAUCGGCCCGACGGGAAGGCUCCAGGUCAUCGACCUGGCAGUGAAGGCGAUGGUUCGGUCCACCAAGUUCGCGGGCGUGGACCACGGAGUUUUCCGGGGCAUGUCAGCUCGCGAGAAGGCUAUGGCGGUGGAGGCGGCGGAUCGAAUGAGAACAUCGGGAAGCAUGACGACGACAGCUACGAUCACCCGCGACUUCAGUCGGAAGAACUUGACGGGCAAGAAGACCCAUCGUCGUCACCUCGUGACGUGGCUGACGAAGGUAGCGAGCAACGUCGUGGGCUACGUCUGGGCCCGACGGAGCUUGGGAGGCUUCGCGGGAUCGGCCUUCGUGUCGUGGAGUGCUUGCGCCUACUUCAACGCGGUGGAGUGGACGAAGUGGGUGUACAACAGCGCCAAGGAGACGGUGGAGACGGUGGAUGGCUUCAGGGGGGAAUGCGAGCAGCUAGUGGGGAUCCACAAAUCGGGGGUACUGGAGCCGCGGUACAUGUCCGUGGGCAUAAUGUUCGUGAUCGGCGUGACAGGCUCGUGCUGCCGCGGACGGCGUUCGCGGCAUCCGGAUCGGACCGAGGAGACCGAGACGGGGUCAACGUGGCAGGGGAUGCUCCCCUGGUCUGGCAGCCCUGUUCCAAGCUCCUCUGGGGCUUCUACCCAUCGCGACGAAGGCGUCGCGGUGUCUGACGGCGAGGAGGAGGAGUCCGUGGAGCACGAGAUGACCAGGCAGCUGAGCGCAAUCACGGACAGGCUGUCAGCGCUGGAGGCCAAGAGCGCGGCUUCGCCGCCGGCGGCGCCGACAGCGGUGGAGUUUUCGAGCAAGCUACUGGGGUCUCUCACUGGCAGUGUGGAGCCCGGCGAGGGCUCUCAGCGCGACCAGAUGAUGCCCCGCCCCUUCGACCGCUUGGACCGCCACAAAGAGAUCGCGCAAAGCGACAGCUUGGCAGCGACAGCAGGAUCACCUACGGCAGCGCCCGAGGCAUCGGUCCAGCAUCCCGAGGUGGGGGCCCCGGUCCGAGGCCCAGGCGAUUCGUUCGAGGACAUGCCAAGGAACGAGUCGACCGCCGCGUCGGCCAUGCGCGAGAUGAUUCGCCCCCGGCAGCUGGGCGGCGACCGCGCGGCGGUGGAGAUGCUGCUCAUCGGCGCGAUGAUCGACAGGGCGCGCGGGGUCGGGCGGGCGCUCGAGAACGCGAAGCGGAGGAGCGACUGGAAGCCCCCAAAUGGCGCCGAGCAGGGCUGGGAGUCAAGAGUGAAUUACACUGCGCUGGAGGAACUCGACGCAAGCAAAAGCGACCAGGAUGGCUUGUUCAUCGACGGGGUGGCGAGGGAUCUUCGGGAGAGGCCGGCCCGCCGCACCUUGCUGGCGAAGCCCCUCGACCAGCUGAGCGACCGCAAGAAUGCG